UAAAGUGUGAAGUAGAAAUCGAUCCUCCUCAAACAGAGAAAAACUGAGAAAUGAUUCGUGCUUUGAGAAGCAUAAGGUCGCCAUUCUUCCCCUCCUCUCAUCUCUCGUCCUCCCUAUUUAACUCAUGGCGCCCUAAUCUCAACUCUCCCCACUCUUCAAAUCUAACAAACCAUUAUGUCUCUUAUUCCACAACCGGAGUCUCCACCCGCGGCCGCCGCCGAAAGAAGAAGGGCACCGGAGACCUGCCUCCUCCGGACCAAUCGCAAAUCUCAACAGCCAUCGCAUCACUCCCGCCGCGCUUCACCUCAUCGGAUCUCUCCGGCGCGAUCGCCAGCCUCCCCGACCCUCGCCUAUGCAUUCCCCUCCUCCAUUCCACCCUUCACCGGACCAACCUUCUCCGACACGGGGACUCUGCCGCCUCCUAUCCCUUCCUCACCGCUGUCAAGCGCCUUGGCACUGCCCGUCUAUACCGCGAAAUGGACUCCGUUGUUUCUCUAGCAUUCUCCUUCUCCUCCCUUUCCCUCCCUGAGAACUUCUUCAACACGCUAAUUCAUUUCUAUUCCGAGGCCCGCUGGAUCUCAAAAGCCAUCGGAAUUUACAAAAUCAUGAGAUCUUCGAAAACCGCUGCGCGGCCAACUGCGCGGCCUACUGCGCGUACUUUCAAUCUCCUCUUUGCCGCUAUUUUGGGCCAUCGCGGCGCAAACUCCUACAUCCACCAUCUAUACAUGGACGCCCUCCGCUCUCUCUUUCGUCAAAUGGUAGACUCAGGUGUUGCUCCUGACAUAUAUGCCCUCAACGCCAUGAUUAAAGGCUAUGUAUUGUCCCUCCACGUCAACGACGCCCUUCGUAUAUUUCACCAGAUGGUUCCAAUCUAUGGCGUGGAGCCAGAUGAACACAGCUAUAGCUAUUUGGUGCACGGGCUCUGCUCGCAGGGGAGAACACUGAACGCUAGGGAGCUUUAUGUGGAGAUGAGGGGGAAAGGGUUGGUUCCGACAGGGAGGGCGUGUAAUUCCCUUGUUAGCGUGCUUGCAAUGGCGGGUGAGGUGGAGGAGGCGGUGGCUGCUAUGUGGGAGGGGGUUGGAAUGAGGCGGUGCCCGGAUUUCAUAACAUGCAGGACGGUGGUGGAGGAGAUUUGCCGGCAACAAAGGGCAUCUAACGCAGUUGUGCUGCUGAGGGAGAUGAGACAAAAGGAGGUCAUUAAUGGGCAGUGCUACAAGAAGCUUCUUACCGGACUUGGGGAGGAGUAUCAGGAUUAAUUCAUUAGUGUUAAGAUGCUACAAUUUCAUUGCACUAUCAACUUAUUUGCUCGGAUGAACUUAAGGUAAGUCAAUGCGGGCACAGAUUUAUCUUAUUGGGUUUGAACUCGAAGAAACCGGCCGUGUAAAGAUGGAUUUCCUCUGCUCCGAAAUGAAUGACUCUCUCAAACUUAGGAAUUAUCCCAUCUCGCUUAUUAGUUUUGGGGAAGACUAUUUUGCUGCACCAAAUAGGCGGUAAGACGUAAAUUCUGCACGUCUUUAUUAAACUGGGCUUAAUUUUGGCAACUCGAAUGAAGAAAUAGCCUCUCUCGUCUGUCUUCACUUCCGCCUUCAACUCUGCUGGUUUUUCUCUCGUCAAUAUGGGAUCUUCUGUCGCUAUUUGUUCCAGUUGCCUCUCAAAGCAUAGUAGCUCUACCUCAGCCCCUGUGAAAGAUAUAUUGAAGAUGAAGGAAGAAGCAAUGCAGACAAACCGCGAAGAGGAGCAGCAUUGAUGGACUUGUUAAAGCCCGAAAGCUUGCUACAGGCCGCACAGAAGACAACACCCUCAACUCCGGUACUGAAAUUU